AUGUUUUCGCUAAGAACAAAGUGCUUACGGUAUCUAACCAAGAAAAUAUAUUUUUACUCACAAAUAAGGAAAUGCGUAUUUGGAAUCAAAGAUUUGAUUCACCAAGAGAGACCAGAAAAUUUUUCCGUUUGCCAAGUAACAUCUGAAGACCAUGAGGCGGCAGUUGACGCGAUCAAACGGCAUUUCUUGAACGAGCACGUGCUGGUGAUUUCAAGAAAUAUGAACGUGAACAACGAUCGUGCCCUUGACGAAUAUUUAAUCGGUUUAUUGAAGCAGGGGAACACAUUAUUCGCAAAGGAUGAUAAUGGCUCGAUUGCAGGGGUCUGCGUGAAUUUUGCAAGCAGUCCCGUAGAUCCGAAGAAUUUAAGACAUUACGCAUUUUAUCGCCAGGAUCCAAACACGAAAGAUUUCUUGUACUUCAUUGCAAAACUACAAGAAACGCCAAACUUGUGGGAUAUAUUUAAACAGCAAAAAGUGUUCGAGAUUAAAAUGUUGACAGUUAUCCCAGAAUAUAGAAGACAAGGGUUAGCCGUGAUGCUAGCAGAAAAAUCUAAAGAAUUAGCUCACGAUCAAGGAUACAAUAUAGUUCGAAUGGAUUGCAUCAACCCAUACGAUUACAAAAUAGCUGAAAGGUGCAUGCUGCAGUUCAUGGUGAAGUUUCCCCUUCACAAAUUACGUGGAGCCAACGCUCCGUUCAUCAAGAGAUCAUCGGAACACAACCGCUACGUAAGGGUGUACACCAGCGUGGGCACAAACGCCGACGUCGACAGAGACACGUUCAAACAGAAACAGAUAGAUCUUGAAAACCUUAUUGAGUGA